GUUAGGGAUUUUCCGCCGGUAUUCCGCCGGUAUUCAUCUGGUAAUUUCCGCCGGUAAUCUGCCGGUCCAAAUUUUCCGUAGGGCGGGUUCUUCUCUUUUGCUGGCGUGUUACUCUCAUCACUGGUCCUCUUUAGUUCCUCGUUCACCCAUGUCUUCACUUGGUGCCUGUAUACUGGGUCAACAUGUUUGAUUCGGGAGGCAAUGAGAGUCGCUUGACAUUGACAUUCAAACGCGUCUUUGUUGAUGCCCUCAUUCGAUGAACAAAUGGCGGUCGUGCACGAUGGCGGCACAUUGGGCAGAGCGGAAAGCACAGCGGAAUGGUCAGCGGAGAGAAUUGUUGAGCUCACACAAACGCUGGACCGAAAACACUUAUCCGAACUGGUAGGUCUCAUAUUCUCCUGUCUCGUAUACUUUCUGUAUGCCUUUCCCUCUUCCUUGCAUUCCGUAGCGCAUUCAUCCUCGCUGAUGCUGGGAAAUAUCCGAAAGAAUUGAAGCUUCAAGCCAUAGCAUGUGUAGACCUUUGGCGUUGGUGUGGGUAUGGGUACUUGAGCCUGCUUUUGUGCCUUGCUUGAACCUGCCCCAUCGUCAGCUCCGAUCCGUUUUUGGCCGUGGUUUGUGUUCUGCCCCGUUGUUGGUGUUCCUUUUUGCUUGCCUGCUGUGCGGCCUGGUUCUGCUGCGGGAGCUGCAGCUGGAGAUGCUACUGAGGGUGCGAACUUGCCAAUGAAGAGAAGGCUGGAGUAUAACAGAAAGAUGAAGCACUUCAUCCUUGCGGUCGAUGGAGUGUGUUGAAUCUAGAGUCUGCGGACAUCCAGCAGCUUCCGAGAAAGAGAC